AGGGGCUGGGAUACUGGCCUUGUCACUUACCCUUCUCUCUGUAAGCCGCCCUCUGCUCCCAGGAGUCGCCUUUGACUCUUUGCUUCCUUCUUUUCUUCCCUCCGUUCUUCCUCUUUCUUCUUUUUCUUUAUCCUUACCUUUACUUCUUCCUUCCUUCUUUCUUUCCUUCCGUUCAUUUGUCUUUCAUCUUGGGUCUCUCUGUGCCCAGUUUUUUAUCUCCACUUCCUGUCCUCCCAUCUCUUCCUCCCAGAGGGACCCAGGGCUGGCUUGGGAGAGUGUGGGACGGGGGUCUUAUUUAUUUAUUUAUUUAUUUAUUUAUUUAUUUAUUUAUUUAAUUUAUUUAUUUUCUGCGUGCUCAAGUUGUGGUCGGAAUCUGCCAAGGAAGGGCUCGCGUGGGACAGCUGUCGGGGGCUGUGGAUCUGGGCCUGGUGUGCCGCUGCAGAGACAAGGCCUCGGUUAUGAUCACGACCGGAUGGCGGCGGCCUUGCGUUCUUACUCCGCGGGUCGGCAGCCACAGUUUAUGAGAUCCGAUUAGGGGGCAUUCGCGCCGUUUUUGUGUGCCCACACAGAGGGCAAGGAGGCCUUUGCUGGCCUCACUGGGCACCUGAGGCUGGGACCUCGGCUGAAGCCCAGCCAGGCUCUAUAGAGCCUGGCCACGCAGGGAAUCCCGCCUGGAAGCUUCCUCCGCUUUCCUCCGGCCUGCCGGUCCCAACUCUGGCUUUAACCGCGCGGCAGGGGAACAGCGUUAGGGCAAAGAACGGUUGCUUGUUUGCCCGUAGCCUCUAUCAGGUUCAGAGUCUGUUAGAAAUGGCAUCCUUGUGCCGAUGGGUACUGGAGAAAGGGACUCUUCCAGCUCCAGUCUGUUUCAAAUAUAAUAGGGGAAAGGAAUCUUAAAUUCCACAACCAUUGUAUUACAAACUUGAGCCCUCAUUCCAAGUUGUAGUCCACCAUUGGAAGCCAGAUGAACCAUUCUUGCUACCAAACUGAAAACAACUUUCAUCCCUCCCUGCCUCCCAAACACACACACACACACACACGCACACACGCACACGCAGAGCCUUCAGACUCAUGCCCACCAAGCUGGGCUUCCCUUCCCAGCUCUGUCUUCGGCCCUGGAACUGUUUCCAUCGCUCUGCCUGCUGUCCUGUUAUCUGAAAGGCCAGCACACGGCUCUCCCCUAAACUCCUCUGUGCCAUUUUCCAGACAGAGAUUUGGAUUUAUUUUGGAGGCCAAGGUUUUAGAACUCUCAGGCAGAAAGAGGCAGUUUUUGUAAUUACAUCUAUUUAUUUUUUUUAAUAUACACACACAGUCCCUUUCAUUUCCAAAAUAAAAUCUGACUCAAAAGCUUGACUCCUUUCUCCCCAAAUCUUUGGGCAGAAGAGGGGUCCAAUUAGGUUUUUCUUAUUUUUCUCCCCUCUUGGGCACCAGUAAGGCCUGCUUAACAUUCAGGGCCUGCUAAUUAUGUGGUGACUGUCCUAUUCUAGGGGGCUAAGGUUAUUUAAACAGCCUUUUCAUUAAAAAAAAAUACUAAUACUAAUUCAAGGCUUCUCUGAUCAAAAAAGUUGAAUUGCAAAUAGGCCAGUCCAGCCCGUUCUCAGACAAUUACAAUGAGGAGCGAGGUCUCCUCCUGAGUUAGUACUUCUUAAUGAAAAUCUCAGAGGCACCGCGAACUGCCCAAUAUUUGGGACACGCCGGGAUGCGAUGGGGGUGGGUAUAAGGCAGAGGAAAUUACUGGGAAAAGAAAAUAUUAUGGGGGAGGAGGCUAAGGCCACCAGGACCAGCCACUUCGUCGGGAGUUCACUGUGUCGGCCCCUUCCCUCUUCCGGAGAGAGCAGAUAAAGGGGAACCCGGCUGGUCUCCGCCAGGCUUCGCAGCCUCGCUCUCGGGGAGAGCCCGGCAUUUGAGGGUCCCCGUCCGGGAUAGGGAUGUAUCAGGGUUUGGGGGAGGAUUACUGGAACUGCUGGGUAGGAUGAAGCCAGAAAAAGAGAUGGAAGCGCCCUCGUCGCCCGCCCUCGCCGCCAGGGGAGUGGGCUAAUGAGAAACACACUCUUGCAGACACAGUGUUCACACGUGAAUUUAAUUACCCCGUUUUUAGGAGUCGCUGCUUUCCGUUCGGAUUUGGGGUGGGUUUUUUCUUCCAACUAACAGAGGCCGCGAGGCCUUUUCAUUUAAUGCAGAAAGACUCAAAAAGGGGUAAGAAAUACCUUCCCCCAUGUGGCCAAGCCAAGGAAUGGGAUUAAAGUCAAAGCCCCGUGCCCUGUGCCCCUCCCCGUUUUAAUUUCUAGCCCUGGACUUGAGCGGCGGUCGCCUAGCUUUGGGCCUUGUAACCUUGUUGAGCCGUCCGGCCUGGUGAAAACCGAGGUGGGGCCCGGGGCGGUGGCCGUUAAGAAAGGAAGGAAGGAGCCCUGAAGAACUCAUACUGGGCCCCCGAGGCCAGCGGCUCUUGCGCGGGUCUCCGAGCUCCUGGAGCCGCGCGAUCUCUUCGGCGGGGCUGUCUUCUCGCGAGCCGAUCUCGCCUUCCACGGAGGCCGCCUCGUGUUUUUUUCGCAGCUCGGGUUGGGGGAGUGCGACAAAGCUCGCAGAGCUCAGCGUGAGGGCCUCCGAGGUCGGGGCACGGUGCUGGGUGGCCAGCUGCGUUCGCCUGGGUGUCGUAAUUCCUAGCUGAGGCCCGUAGGGCUGUAGGGCUGGGAGGGGGGCGUGUGCGCGGGGUCGGAACCGAACCCCCAGCACAACCAGGCCCUCAAGCCCUUCGGCUCAGGGACAGCCGGCUGCUCCUCGGUGGGGCGCUUGCUGGAGGUUCAGCGGCGACGCUGGGAGCUAGCUUCCCGGGCGCCCUGGGAUCCAAAGGGGGCAGAUCUCGGGCCCCACAAUAGGCGGUGCCCUCUGGGAAUCCUGUCCGUGCCCAGCGCGCUCGGGCAGGGGCGGGUGGUGCUCCCUUUGGGACGGAUGCUGCGUUGAAUUUGACUUUUCACGGCCGGCCCGGGGUAAACUCUCAUCUCCGGGGAUGGCAGGAAUUAUUUACAGGGAGCUCGCCAACCCAACACAACAGUCUAAUUUAACCUUUCCAAGUCCUCGUAAAUUUUUACAGCCGGGAACCACGGCGAAGCAAACGAAUCUGUUGGUCGUUCCCGACUUCCCACCAGCCUGUGUGGCUUCUGAAACAAUAACUCCUUAUGAAAUAUCAUAAAUAUAGAUUUAAAUACAGUAGAGCGAGAAUGCGAUUUGGCUGCUUUUUUAUGGCUUCAAUUAUUGUCUAAUUUUAUGUGAGGGGCUCCACCGGCCGCACUCGCACGCGGGACCCGCGCCUCGCUGAUGGCGUGAUUAAUUGUGAUAUAAAAUAGUCCGCUUAAGAAGUGUGUGUCUGGUGGCGGCGGUGGGAGGGGAGGGAGUACAGAGGCAAGGCCAGAUUUGAUCUUUUAAUCUUCGUUGGCCACAAUUAAAACAAACCCGAUCGUGGAGCGCCGCGAUCCCUUUGCAUAAAAACAUAUGGCUUUUGCUAUAAAAAUUAUGACUGCAAAACACCGGGCCAUUAAUAGCGUGCGGAGUGAUUUACGCGUUAUUGUUCUGCCGGGCGGGCACGUGACGCGCGCGGCCAAUGGGGGCGCAGGCGCCGGCAACUUAUUAGGUGACUGUACUUCCCCCCCCUGGUGCCACCAAGUUGUUACAUGAAAUCUGCAGUUUCAUAAUUUCCGCGGGUCGGGCCGACCGGCCAGGCACGGGGCACAGCGAUGGCCACCACCGGGGCCCUGGGCAACUACUACGUGGACUCGUUCCUGCUGGGCGCCGAGGCCGCGGACGAGCUGGGCGCGAGCCGCUACGCGCCGGCGGCCCUGGGUCAGCCUCCCCGGCAGGCCACCGCGCUGGCGGAACACCCCGACUUCAGCCCGUGCAGCUUCCAGUCCAAGGCGGCGGUGUUCGGCGCCUCAUGGAACCCGGUGCACGCGGCGGGCGCCAAUGCGGUGCCCGCCGCGGUGUAUCACCACCAUCACCACCCUUACGUGCACCCCCAGGCGCCCGUGGCGGCGGCGGCCCCGGACGGCAGGUACAUGCGCUCCUGGCUGGAGCCCACGCCCGGCGCGCUCUCCUUCGCGGGCUUGCCCUCCAGCCGGCCUUAUGGCAUUAAACCUGAACCACUGUCCGCCAGAAGGGGUGACUGUCCCACGCUUGACACUCACACUUUGUCCCUGACUGACUAUGCUUGUGGUUCUCCUCCAGUUGAUAGAGAAAAACAGCCCAGUGAAGGCGCCUUCUCCGAAAACAAUGCUGAGAAUGAGAGCGGCGGAGACAAGCCCCCCAUCGAUCCCAGCAACCCGGCAGCCAACUGGCUCCACGCGCGCUCCACGAGGAAGAAGCGCUGCCCCUACACCAAGCAUCAAACCCUGGAGCUGGAGAAGGAGUUUCUGUUCAACAUGUACCUCACCAGGGACCGCAGGUACGAGGUGGCCCGGCUGCUCAACCUCACCGAGCGGCAGGUCAAGAUCUGGUUCCAGAACCGCAGGAUGAAAAUGAAGAAAAUCAACAAGGACCGGGCAAAAGACGAGUGAUUCAGCUGAGUUCAUUUAGAAAAGAGAGAGCGAUCCAGGGAGAAAGAGAAAGGACUGCCCGAUCCCUCUCCCGCCCCUAUUCAACCCCAGCGUCCAACACCCCGACCAUCCCGCACAAAGCGGCUCUAAACUCCAGGCCUCAUCUCCCCCUCGCAAGCUGGGCUAAGGCUGGCUUCCCCCCGCCCCCCAGCCUGCUGCUUUGAUGGAGGAGGUAUUGUAAGCUUUCCAUUUUCUAUAAGACAGAAACAAACAAACAAACAAACAAACAAAAAAGGGUGGGGGGGGGACAUUUUCGCUGAUGCCUGUGUGUGCUAGCUUGUAUAUAUUAAAAAAAAUCUACCUGUUCCUGACUUCAAAGAAACAACAACAACAACAAAAAAAUACUACCUUUUUAUAAUGCACAACUGUUGAUGGCGGGCUGUAUAGUUUUUAGUCUGUGUAGUUAAUUUAAUUUGCUCUUUGUGCGGCAGAGCAAUCUGCCCAGAUACUUGAACACUGUGUUUUAUUGUAGUAAUUAUGUUUUGUGACUCAAACUUCUGUGCUGGGUGACGCACCCGUUGUGAUUGUGAGCGCUUAGAAUUCAAUUUCAACUCAGGUUGUUGCUAGGGGAGAAAAAUAGUUGCGUAGAGUAUAGCUCUGUAUGGAACAUGUCUUCUGUAUGACUAGGCUGUUCACCUUGGAUUGUAAACGAGCUGUAAGGAUUUCUCAGUGAAAUAAAAUUUUAAAAGAAAGAAAGUGUUCUCCAGGAUGCAUAAAUUCAUGGUUUCCUCCUCUUUGGAAAUGUGGACAUUUUCUUCUCUACCCGUUCUAUAGACCUGUCUUGUUCAUUGUAUAUAUAAUCCAUAAAUUAAAGAAAAAAGUAAUCAGACAAGCUUGAAUAUUGUUUUUGCACCGGAUGAACAUUGAGGAAAUUCGGAGCUAUACAUAUGUGCAGAAGGUUACUACCUAUGGUUUACAUUUAAUUUUAAUCGGGGGAAAAAUGAAUGCUUAUUGUAAUGGAGUUAAUUUUAUUGAUAAUAAAUUAUACACUAUGAAACCGCCACUGGGCUACUGUAGAUUUGUACCCUUGAUGAAUCUGGGGUUUCCAUCCGGCUGGACAUACACUGUAUAUUUUGCAAUAGUUACCUCAAGGCCUACUGACCAAAUGUUGUGUUGAGAUGAUAUUUAACUUUUUGGCAAAUAAAAUAUAUUGAUUCUUUUCUAUUUA